CGUACACGUGGCAGCUAUGCGUUGCUUGCCUCUUUCAUUCGUUUUUCCUUUCUUCUCUUUAUAGAGCUUCUCCUCCCAUUCGCUAUUUCAGAGAAGCACACCAGAGCUUCUCUGCUCGUAGGAACCAAAAGAAAGGGGCGACAAAAGGGGCAAAGCUGGGAAAGUUGAAGCUUUUUGUCGUGCUGCAACUGAAAUGGUUGGCAAGGAUAAUCUGAGAGCUGAGGACUUGAACUUGUGUUUUGAGAGACUUAUGAUGGUGGCUGGGAGUGGGAACAGUGAGAAAGGGGUGAACUUGAAGGUUGGGGUGAUUACCGAGUGGAAGGAUAUUCCUGUGGAACUUUUGAUGCAAAUUUUGUCCCUUGUGGAUGAUCAGACAGUGAUCACCGCUUCUGGAGUUUGUCGUGGCUGGAGAGAUGCUAUCUACUUUGGCCUUGCUCGUUUAUCACUAUCAUGGUGUAGCAAGAACAUGAAUAACUUGGUCCUAUCAAUUAUUCCUAAAUUCACAAAAUUGCAAACUCUAAUCCUUCGUCAAGACAAGCCUCAACUAGAGGAUAAAGCUGUUGAGACUAUUGCAGAGUGCUGUCAUGAAUUGCAGAUUCUGGACCUCAGCAAAAGCUUCAAGCUAACUGAUCGUUCACUUUAUGCUAUUGCAUUAGGUUGUCGCGAUCUCACAAAACUCAACAUCAGUGGGUGUUCAGCAUUUAGUGACGGUGCUCUGGCUUACCUUGCCAGUUUCUGCAGAAAACUAAAAGUUCUAAAUCUUUGUGGAUGUGUUAGAGCUGCAUCUGAUACUGCAUUGCAGGCCAUUGGACAGUACUGCAAUCAGCUACAAUCUUUGAACCUUGGAUGGUGUGAUAAUGUUGGUGAUGUUGGAGUGACUACUUUAGCAUAUGGGUGCCCUGAUCUUAGGAUAGUUGACUUGUGUGGCUGUGUCCGUAUAACAGAUGAUAGUGUGAUUGCUUUGGCUAACAGAUGCCCACAUCUGAGGUCUCUUGGACUGUACUACUGCAAGAACAUCACAGACAGAGCAAUGUAUUCUUUGGCACACAGCAAGGUGAAUAACAGGAUAUCUGUGAAAGGAGGAAAUGAUGAGGAUGGGUUAAGGACAUUGAACAUAAGCCAAUGCACUGCACUCACCCCAUCUGCGGUUCAAGCGGUUUGUGACUCAUUCCCAUCACUCCACACAUGCUCAGGGAGGCACUCACUCAUAAUGAGUGGCUGCCUCAACUUGACCUCUGUGCAUUGUGCCUGUGCUGUCCAUGCACACCGUGUAUUCACCCAUUUCCCUCAUCCAGCUCAUUAAGCUCCUGCAUUCAUUUUCAACCUUCACUUCGAGGAAGUGCCUUUCAAGGGCUCUGAGAAGUCACUUCUUGUAGAUAUGCCUGCCGAAACAGACUCAUCAUGUACAUCUUCAACUUGUGUUUUAAAAAACCUUGCUUUCUUUUAAUCCCUGAAUUCUCACUUCCAGACAUUUUGGACGCUAUUUAAGUUUAUGGAAAGACAUGGACUCUUUUAAUGUGUA